GGCAGCUGUGGCCCUGACUGUCAGGGGACUCCAGCACCCUCAUGUGGGCCAGAUGCCCACAGUCCAUGUUCCAUGAGGAUGCUGGUGGUGCUGGCUGCAUUCAGCACACUUUCAGCCUGUGGUCCCCAUUUUGGGAUAUGGUGUCAAGAGCAGGGUUUGUCCAACACAGGACUCCAUGUGCCCUGCUGGGGGCCACAGAGCAGAUGCAAUGUGGGCAUGCUGGUCCGCCUCAUGAGGCUGUCCUAGUGAGCAGCUGCCAAGCACUAUCUCAGCUGGAGGAGCUCUACUUAGUAGAAGGGAGGCCAGGGCUUCUCCAGUUACUUCAGCCCCUGACCCUCCAACCAUCCAUCUGGGCAGGCUGGGGACAAGGCGAGGGAAAAGUAUUUUCUCUCCUGUUGACACCAGGAAUUCAGAAGUAUUGCUGUUGCUAUGACAGCUGCGUGUGAGUUGCUGUGUAUUUGCUCUUCCUACUGAAGCAGAAGAAAUCCGUGAGAAUCCUCAUCCAGGCAAAACUGGUUCCCAUCCGAGUUCUUCUUCCUUCGCAUUCCCCAUGAGAGAGGAAUCGUGAUGCUUUGACGCUCCUCUCUUUCUCACUCACCCUCCUACUUUCUCAGCCUCUUUUACUUAACUAGAGGGGGUUGUUGAACAUCAUGGAAGUGUAACCAGAUGACCAGCACAAGCACGUGCCCAUAGCAAACUCUGUGUUCUCCAGUCAGAAGGUACUGGUGUGUUUCUGCUUCAUUAAAACCAGACUCUGACUACGCAGGAUCUUAUAGCACUCAGGUUUUUCCUUAAGAAGGGAUCAGUUUGGGAAGAGUUGGCUUUUCUGUGAAUAAAUGAGCCGGGAGGCUUCUCAGAAGCCAGUGAGGAGGGUGGCGUCCUCUUUACCCACUGGACAAAGGAAUGGAGUCAAAGGCCCAUGAACUCCACCUAGAGGCCCAGCUCUAGAUGAUGAUUUAAAACAGUCAUUAAGGCUGGGCACAGUUGCUCACACCUGCAAUUCCAGCACUUUGGAAGGCUAGGGUGGGUGGAUCACCUGAGGUCAAGGACUUUGAGACCAGCCUGGCCAACAUGGUGAAACCCCAUCUCUACUAAAAGUAUAAAGAUUAAUCGAGCAUAGUGGCAGGCCCCUGUAAUCCUAGCUACUCGGGAGGCUGAGGCAGGUGAAUCUCUUAAACCUGGGAGGUGGAGGUUGCAGUGAGCCAAGACCAUGCCACUGUACUCCAGCCUGGGUGACAGAACGACACUCAUCUCAAAAAUAAAUAAACAAAAGGAUCAUUAAAUAAUGCACCAGUCAAAAUCCAUGAUGCAUAGAGAAUAAACAAGCAAAUAAGCUUUUCCAACAAAAAAAAAAAAUCCUUUCUCUUUAAGUGCCUCUCAUAAGCUAUUUGGGAUAGAAGGUAUUCUGAAGUCAUGUCACCUGAAGCAGAAUUGAAUUCACGGGUAAUAGUUCUGGUGUUUUUAGAAGACCAAGGCUGUCUCCUUCACCUUGGGGCUCAGUCCCAGCAAGAGGACCCCAAGGGGGGCCUGUCGGAUGUGGGACCUGGAGCACUGAGCAGUGACCAUUUGAGCUGGUUCACGUGGCUGUGACACUGGAUGGCAUGAGGCUGUGCAGGGCUGAUGGCAACUGACUGAACACACCCAGCACGGGUGGGCACCCAAGUACGUCUCCAAGCUUGAGGAUGAUCAUUGCAACCAAAGCCCUCAAGGACUCUAGAGGCGGAGGCUCCAUGACUGGCUUGUGGCUGCACUGACCUUGGGUCUGCGUUUCACAGUUGUGUGUCUCCUACCUGAGGGUGAAAUUAUGGACUGUCACAUCUUGCCGCUGGUGAGGAGGUAUCUUUUCGGGCUCUGAGUGUCUUGACAAGUUGUUCAUUCUAAGAUGCUUUGGCCGAGGAAGACCAAGAGCCAGGAAUUCUCUGGAAAAAAUGAAACGAGGUUCUGUCAUCUUCAUGAGGGAAGGCAGGCAAUGUAGAUUUGGAUGUGUAAGCGCCUGUCUGGGCUGCUUCGAGGAUCUGACUCCUGUUGUGUAAACGCCUGUCUGGGCUGCCUCGAGGGUCUGACUCCUGUUGUGUGAGCCCCUGUCUGGGCUGCCUCGAGGGUCUGACUCCUGUUGUGUGAGCCCCUGUCUGGGCUGCCUCAAGGGUCUGACUCCUGUUUGGUUCAGAGGUCUCUCCUGGCAUUGGCAGUUACUGAGCAGACGGGGUGUUGCUGCUAUGCCUUACGUUCAGGGAUCAUGUCACCAGGGAGAAGGACACGCACAUCACAGAAGAGAACCGUGGAUGAGAAGGAUGAGAAGAGAAGGAAAUCUGACAGAAGGAGCCCGUCUCCAGCGAUGCCGCACGCUGGCGCUGGGGAGACUGGCUGCUGUCCCAGAUGGCACCCACCCUCCUCAUGAAGGCCAUGAGUGCUUCCAGAUCCUGAUGUAGAAGGCCACCCUGAGAGAGGCAGCAAGCAGGGCAGGCCCGGGCAUAAAGGCCUCGCUGGGUCCAGCACUGCUCGGCAGCAAGGUGGUCCCUGUGUUGUGUGGGCGAAUGUGGCACCAGAGCCCUCGCCGUGCCCGGCUUGCACUGCUGACUUAGGAAAGGUGGUGCCUGCCUGUUAGGAGCCGGCAGAAGCAUUAAAUGGACUCACUCAUCGGAAACUGAAAAGAUAAGAGGUAAUUGUCCCGCUAGUUCUGGGCCUUCGGGGCAGCACUCCCGAGGGCUCAGCCAGAAAUUUUGCUGGGGGUCAGCAUAACUUUCAUACCUGAGAUGAGCAAAGCAGCAGGUGUCACAGAAAAGCCCACACUAAAUAAUAUUUGGCUUGCCCUAAAAUCACAUAUUCACUUCUGUUUUCUAAGAACAUGUGGGGGUGAAUUGUGACCCUUUCUUAUCUUUUGGGACUCUCAGUUCCUUGACAAGUUGUUCAUUCUGACAUGCUCUGGCUGAGGAAUAGCUAAGCUGUUUGACAUCAGCACCAACAAGCAAGGGUCACAAUUUAGCCAGAUGCCUCCCUCGAAAGCGGAAACCACCUUACAGUUUCCUCAUCAGAACAAAUGCAAACCCUCUGGCCUAGAGAGCGGCCAACCUGGGGGAGAGCGGCCGACCUGGAGGAGAGCAGCUGACCUGGGGGAGAGCAGCCAGGCAGUUUGCAUUCCAGGUUCAUGAGGAGUCAGUUCUAUGCCUGGACACAGAUGUGUGUGCCCGUGCUGUGCAUAAAGGGUGUGGGUGUGUUGCGUAUGUGUAACAGGUGUGUACUGAGUGCUUGUGUCAGGGAGGUAGCAGGCCCUAGGAUGGAGCUCUGCAGAAGCCAAGGUCCUGCCUGCAGAGAGCUGCCCGCAGGCUGUGUCUGUGUGCCCCCUGCAUUUUUCCAUACGGCCCUGAGGAACGUGCAAAGGGGCACAAUGUCUCGUUCCUUCUGCAUUCUUGUAUUACCUGUGCUCUGCCCCUCGUGAGUGUCCAGUCCCUGCCAGACAAAUGAAGGAACACAGACACUGACUGUCUUCAGUGCCCAGGAGUGUCCUCUCUUCUUCCAGCACUGACCCCUCUAGGGCCCACCUCCAAGGCCAUAGCCCAGGCCUGGGCCUGUCUGCCCAGUUCCUCACCCUCUCUCCUUGGCCCUCUUGGGCUGCGCUUCAGGACAUGAGGCCAGCUGUUGGCCACCCCUCAGAGUUCGUGUGACUCACCCCAGGAGUCUUUGUCUUCCCUGAGUUCCCGUGAGGCCAGACAUCCCUCCCUAGGCCUGACCUGGCUCUUGUUCCCCCUCCUCAGCCCCUCAGACUCUGGGGAGGAGGCUGAUGCCUGGCAGUGCCCCAGACACCUGGUGCUCAUCCUCACUAGGCUGGACAACAAGCUGGGCUGAGGGGCUCCAAGAGACAGGGCAGGAGCAGCUCACAGUGGCUUGGCACCACUGCUGCCACUUUGACGCAGGGCUGCAAGGUCACCUGGUGGCCAGCUCCCCUAAAGUGGGUUUCCUCUUCCCUUUGUCCUCCCAAGGCCACAGCACUGGGGGCUCAGCCCUCAUCUGCCCCAGACACUUCUGUCUCCCUUCUGCUCCUACAUCAGUCCGUCACCAGCCUAGCUGCUCUACUCCCCUCCCUGGUGGAAGCCGUCUGUCCAACCCCUCAAGGGCCUAGACGUUUGCCUUCAAGGUUUCUUUUCUUUUUUCUUUUUUUUUCUUUGAGACGGGGUCUCACUCUGUCACCCAGGCUGGAUGGAGUGCAGAGGCACAAUCUUGGCUCAUUGCAGCCUCCACCUCCCAGGCUCAAGUGAUCCUCCCACCUCAGCCUCCCUCGUAGCUAGGACCAAGGCACACACCACCACAUCUGGCUAAUAUUUGUAUCUUUUGUAGAGAUGAGGUUUCACUAUGUGAAACCCAGGCUAGUCUCGAACUCCUGAGCUCAAGUGAUCCACCUGCCUUGGCCUCACAAGGUGCUGGGAUUACAGGUGUGAGCCACCACACCCUGUCUGCCUUCAAGCUUUUCCAUUAUGUUUUUGGUCAUGAAACUCACAUUGGAAGUUAGCACUGCCAUUCCUGCCAUAAAGCCAGCUCUCUGGGAUACACAGGCUGGGGACCCCUGGGCAGGGAGGAAGACCCCGCUCAGUCUUUAGUCAGAGGUGCUUCAGCCACCUUUAGCCCUCCCCAGGGUGCCUUGCUGUGCAUGGGGCAGAGGAUGUGUCCAGGACCCAUCCGGGGCUGAAGAACCAACCAGGGCCUGGCCCAGUGGCCGAGCAGGGUGCUGUACACCCUCCAGCACUCUGUGCCUGCACUGGCCAUCAGGCUCACCAAACCACUGUGCCCAGGGCCAUGAGGACAUGUACCCUCCUGUGUGGCCUGCUUUUGAGAGGCCACAGGUGCACAGUGAAGCAUCCACACGUCAGGGGUUCCGAGCCACACCCCGUGAGAGGGCACAUCACCAUCUUACCAGAGGAGUGCUGGGAUGUAGGGGUGUCAGCGAGACUUUAAAUGUCUUCUGAUCCCCCUAAUUCUCCUGAGAGCUUGGGGGAGCAAACCUUGAAACUGGAGUUUUCUGAAGAGCUGGGCAUGAGCAGUACUCCAGACAGAUAGGCCCAGGCUGAACCUUCAGAUGUGAGGGAGGCACACAGCCUCUCUGGACAUAUCCCUGACCCUCCUCUGCACACACACACGGGCACCCACAUGUGUACACACUCACAUGCAUGGAAACCCCACACACAGAUGCCCAUAUGUGUGCACACAGGUAUCCCCUUACACAGAGGUACCUAUGCACAUGCACAUACAGGUCCCCUUGCAUACACACAUGCUGGCACACGUGGCAUCCACUCUGCUUUAUAGUCUUCAACAGGAUGGUGACAUUCAGGGUGCACUCACCUAUCCUUGCAAGGGGUGGCCAAGAGUUGGCCACAUACACAGAGAUCAGAGCAUGUUAAAUCACUCCCGUGGGAAUACCGUCUCUGCACACAUUUCCUCUAUGUGCCCCUCUCUGCCCUCCAGGGGCUCUUGUUGCUCCUGGAUUCAAAGCACUGAGCUUGUUGCCCUGAAAUCUCUGCCCGAACCUGAGCGGAGUGUUUGUUUAGCCCUCCUCCCUGCAGUCUUUUCACCUCUCAGAAGGACACACUGUGCCUGGGCUGUCAUUCUCAGGGAUAGAAUGAGAGUUCUUGCACAAGAGCUUUGAAACCUACAGGGUUAGGUUUCAGGCUGUGUUAGGGUUAAGGUUGCAGGCUGUGUCUAGUGGAGGCAGAGGAAGCCCUGACGCCUGACUUCCAAAGGAACAUAAUGCAGUCAGUAAAGAGCGGCCCCUCAGCGCGGAUCGCGCCUGAGUUUAAAUCCUGCCUCCACCAUCCCUGCAUACCUGCGCGAUUUUAUGGCUGAGAAGAUUCCCUGACAUUUCAGAGCCACGUUUACUCAUCUGUGAAGUGGGGGCCUGAGAGCAACCCUUGUAAGAAAUCAGAGUCCCUGGCCCAUCUCUCCUGAAAGCGCUGGUGCUAGGCGUUUUGGCCUCCGUAUGCCUGAAACCGUGAGGUCCCCGGGCAUCCCCGAGCACCCCCGUGGCCAUCUGUGUCACUGGCCAGCCGAGGGCCAGUAUCGCUGUGCGGGCGUGGAGGUUCCCGACCCUUUCCAAGGAGGUGCCAAGGGCGGAGCGCAGCGCACGCCCAGCCACCGCAGCCCCUCCGAGCCUCCGAGCCCGCCGCCCCCGCCCGCACAGCUGGCUUGACUGCUAGGGUUGCCAGGGCUCCGGGCUUGGGAGGCGCCGCGUGCACGGCGCCGGCUGCGCAGGAGGAGCCCCAGGCCCACGAGCGCAGGCGCUCCACCUCUUCCCCGGGCGCUGCGAGCCUUCGGCUUGGCCCUGCGCGGCGGGAUCUCGGGGCCGCACAGAGUGGGAGGCCGGGCGCCAUGGCUAGGGCCCCGCAGCCCCGGCGCGGCCCCGUGGCGCCCGGGAACGCUCUGCGCGCCUUGCUGCGCUGCAACCUGCCCCCCGGCGCCCAGCGCGUGGUGGUCUCCACCGUGCUGGCGCUCCUGGUCCUCAUCAACGUCGUGCUGAUCUUCCUGCUGGCCUUCCGCUGAGCGGCAGCACAGGGCGCCGCGGGGAACCGCGCCGG